UCUCCAAGAAACAAGUACAUUGCUGAGACUUCUACUUUCCAGUUGCACCCAGAGCCAGGCAGGCAUAAAGAAGUAGAAGCACGGCUGAGGAAAACAACAGCAGCAAUGGAAAAAGCUGGAGAAAUAGUGCAAAGUGUAUUCUCUGGACAGUGGGACCUAAAGCCAAAACGCAAAGUUCUGGAAGUUCCCAGCCAAAGCGAAGACACGCAGGGCACCAUCUUUGUAGGGCAGCAAACACAACAACAGAAAUUCCAGGAUGUUCCCCUCCAAAACAAAGAUAAGCAGGGCAGCCUCUUUGUAGGGCAGCAAACACAACAACAUAAAUUCCAAGAUGUUCCCCUCCAAAACGAAGACAAGCAGAACAUUAGAAGACAGCAGAAGCUUCCAGACCUUCCCAGCCGAAGCGAUAACAGGCAAAGUAGCUCUGCAGGGCAACAGAACACAAGACAACAACCCAAAGUCCAGCAGGUUCCCGAACAAAGCCAAGAACAGCAGAAUGCCAGCACGAACCCCUAUGCGGUCCAGGUUGAAUGCCUGCGUACCACCUGGCUAUCAGGAAAGACACGCCCUAUUGAGUAUCGGAGAAUGCAGCUGGAGGCGCUGGGUUGCUUCCUGGAGGAGAGGAAGGUGGAUAUCAUACAUGCCCUUUAUGAAGACUUCCGCAAGCCUGCUUUUGAAUCGGAGAUCUCGGAGAUUACUGUAACUAGGAAUGAAGUGAACGAGGCCCUUAACAACUUGUGCUGCUGGACGAAGGACGAAUGUGUGAACAAAAACCUAGCUACCAAGCUCGACUGUGCCUACAUCCGCAAGGACCCCUAUGGUGUGGUAGUCAUCAUUGGAGCCUAUAAUUUCCCCAUCAACCUUGUGUUGGUGCCUCUGGUGGGGGCAAUUGCAGCUGGAAACUGUGCAAUUAUCAAACCUUCAGAGCUCAGCAGCAAUACUGCAAGGCUCCUUGCUGACACGUUGCCUUGCUAUCUUGAUCCGGAAGCCUUUGCUGUAGUGACAGGCGGCCCUGAAGAGACAGGCAAAUUACUGGAGAACAAGUUUGAUUACAUCUUCUUUACAGGGAGCGUCCAUGUAGGAAAGAUUAUCAUGACUGCAGCGGCCAAAAAUGUGACACCGGUGACUCUGGAGUUGGGGGGCAAAUCUCCCUGCUAUGUGGAUAAUUGCUGCAAUUUCCAGAAUGCAGCCAACCGAAUAGUAUGGGGGAAAUUCUUCAAUGCUGGCCAGAGCUGCAUUGCUCCAGACUAUGUGAUCUGUACCAUUGAAACCCAGGAGAGGCUGAUGCCCUGCCUUCGCCAAGCGAUCCGUGAGUUCUAUGGGAACUGCCCCCAAGAUUCACCUGACUUUGCCCGCAUGGUCAACGACAAGCAUUUCAAGCGUGUCCGAGCCUUCUUGGAGUGUGGCCGAGUGGCCAUUGGUGGAGACUCAGAUGAACAUGACCGUUACAUUGCCCCCACGGUGCUGGCUGAUGUGAAGCAGUGGGAACCAGUCAUGCAAGAGGAGAUUUUUGGGCCCGUCUUGCCCAUUAUGACUGUGGCAGACUUUGAUGAGGCCAUCAAUUUCAUCAACAGCAGGGAACGCCCACUGGUUGCCUAUGCCUUCUCCUGUGACUGCCGGGUUGUGGACCGGGUAUUGGCUUGCACCAGCAGUGGCGACUUUUGUGGCAAUGAUACCUUGCUCCAAAACACAUUGAUCAACCUACCAUUUGGCGGCAUCGGGCUGAGCGGUAUUGGCAAGUACCAUGGCAAGUUCACCUUCGACACGUUUACUCACCUGCGGGGCUGCCUCUCACGCUGCAUGGGCUUUGAGGCAUUGAACAUGAUACGCUACCCACCCUACAAUGAACAGAAGUUGGGACUGCUGAGGACGGCUCUCGAUGUCAGGCGCAGGGGCCAGUGCACCUUGUUGUGAGCUCCCCCAAUCGUAUGGGCCUUACGCCCCCGGGAGCUGUGAGGAAUAACCUUGGCUGCUGGAGAGAGGGAUGAUAGUUCCUUCAUCAGCUGGCCCUGGGAUUCUGCCUCAUCUCCUGAAAAGGCUUUUGCC